AUGAGACAGUGCAGGACGGGUGGCCUGCUGAUCGAGGUGCGGGGAGAUGCCGCCCAAGUCGAGACGAUCAGGGCGGAGGUCGCUAGGUCACCGGGCGAGGAGGUCCCUGUCAGAUCACUCCAGACUAUAGCGAUGGUGGAGGUUAGGGGCUUGGACCAGUGGACCACAAAGGAGGAGGUCGCCAACGCCCUCUGCGCUGCUACCGGCACCAAACCCGGGGCGAUCAAUGUGGUGAGCAUGCGGCAGCAGUUUGGCGGAGCUCAGGCUGCCUUUAUCUGAGUCGCAAAAGAGGUCGCUGGCAAGCUGGUUGAAGGAAGAGUGAAGAUCGGCCUAGUAAGCUGCAGGGUCCGUAUCCGCGAGGACAGGACACGCUGUUUCCAGUGCCUUGCUUUCGGGCAUAUGUCGAGAGGGUGCACCGGGCCGGACAGGGCCUCUGCCUGUUGGCGCUACGACAAGGAGGCACGUAAAACAUCUGGGAAGAUGUUUUUUAUUAGGAAAACUCCUGGAAAAAUCAAAAAAUGACCUAUUUAAAGUACCACCCCAGUUAGAUUUUCUUUUAGAAAAAGUGCCAUGAUUGUAAACCGAAGCAAAAUUGCUGGUAGAAUAUUUGUUCACAAAAAAAAAAUAAAUAAACAUAAUUGUAAAACCAAUAAAUUCCUAGCCUCGCUCAAAAUCUAAAACCUUAUUAAACAUAAUUUUCGUGGUCUCAUUUUAUCAAUUAUCGGAACACGCGAGUUUUGAUUUUAGCCACCUCAUAAUAAACUCUGCGACCCGAACGCCAAUAUGAUUUUGUUAUGUCUCUAUGAUAUUGAAAAAACCGUUCUAAAAAUUCUUGAUAUUGACCAGUGUGAGUUUAGAUCCCAGUGGGUAAACACAUAACUUUCAUCAGACUGUCAUUUAACUAAUAUUUGACUCGAAAGUCAACGAUAACGCUUUAAGAUUUCGCCGUGAAAAAAACGUAAUACGACGAAGACAAUUGUGGAUUUUUCGUUCGACGAAAAUAUGAAAACGAGAAGCAAGAAAACCGUGUAAACCGAGAACGUGAACGUCUCUCAGGCAUUGCAAUCUGAACACUCGGCCGUUAGUGAACGUAAACUGGCGACGCCACCAAAGGAUGCAAAAAAAAAAAAAAAUCACGAAAAAUCAAAAACCGAGAUAGACGGGUGUCAAUAAACCGAGCGGUUCGGAUUCUCGAGUGAAAACUAGCGGAACGUUUCGGAUGACCGAAAAAAUACGAUUAACCUUAAAAGGGUCCACGAGUUCUUACGCGUUGAGAAAAACUUAUAAAAUUUAAAUUUCCGCAGACCUCGCGGAAUUCUUGAUUACCAUGAACAGUAUUCGAUAUAUCCGUCGCAAAUGCAAAAUGUCUAAGAUAGUGUGUAAAUUUUCCAGUUACAAAUCGUAUAAAUGGAAAUUGAUGAUCGUUAGCGAGAACGGGGACCGUCUAGACGACUUGGUGAAGGAACUAAACAAACUGUCUUGUUAUUUUAGAGUCCGGUCUUAAAUAUUACUAAAAAAUAUUAUCAAAAUUGUUAUUGCGAACACGGUAAAAUAACGGUAUAUUUUAAUCACUCAAAUAAAUUUAGUCUCUCGGUAAAUUCAUCCCAGGUUUUUAUUUAUACCCGACAAAAAUAUAUUUAGAUGUAUUUAUCCCCUCAGAUAAAUUAAAUGGGGUAAAUAUAUAAAAGUGUAAAUGUACGUAAAUAUGGUUUGUAAAUAUGGGUUGUUUCUCCUCUGGGUGGCACACUGUCACCCAGGAGAGAAACAGUCAGCCUCAUAUUGGAUGUUCCAGGGUGGCCAGGAGACAAAAUCAUUCACAUAUCCCCGGUUCCUUCUGGCUGCCUCAUAUUCUGGGAAAAGGAACUAAAAAAAAAAUGUGCUACUUUUAUAUUAUAAUGUGUAUAGUUCACAUUAUAAUAAUUUACCCCCCGGUUAAAGUAUUUUUUAAUAUAUUUACCUCCGAUAAAAAAAAAUAUACUCUUAUAUAUUUACUCACUAAGAACGAAUUUUUAUCAAGAAAUGUUUUUACUGAGGGCAAAUAAAUAAAAUAAUAUUUUUGGAGGGGAGAUUUAUGAACAUUUCAUAUAAUUUUGCAAAUAUUAUAAGAUUUAUAACUUUUAAUUGUUUUUUUUUUAUUAUAAAAAUGCGGUAUUUACAAAACAUGGACUUUUUACUUACAAAGAAAUCAUUUUACCAUGUUUUAAUGAAAUGAUUGACAAAAUAAAACGUUUUUGUCAUCAUCUUUACUUUGAAUACGAUUUAAAUGUGUAAGAAUAGUUUCGAAAGAACAAUAAUAAUUAAUUUUACAUAUAAUUAUAAGCAUGUAUUAUAAUUAAUUAUUGAAGAAAAUUGGAAGACACACAAAUUUAAUGAAAAACAUGAAUUCUCUUUUGAAGUAAUAUUGAUAAUUGGAACCGUUUAUUUACAAAAUGAAGUCUCAUUCUUCACAUACAAAAUAUGCAACAGUAUGACCUUCAAAUAAAUAUACUUAUUAACCCAACUAAAAAACUAAUAUAUACAUUUUUAUCAUUUUAGGCAAGAAAUCAUUAUAAUACUUCCCCUUUACUGACCACUAUUUUAAAACAUGAUCACCGUUCUAUAUUUACAAUGACAAUAUUCAAAAAAAUUCUUAACUUCCCCAACAGUAAAAAAAUUAAUAUUCAGAGAACGUAAAACAAAAAAAUUAUCCAUAUUCAUACAUCCUUAAUUUUGAAAACCUUAAAUAAUAAUGAAAAUAGCUUCACAAAUAAAUUUAUUUAAUAAAACCUGUCAUAUCGACAGUCAAAUUUAAAACAUUUACAAAUUUAUUCACAUCAGUAAUUGAGUCAUUUCCUGUAGAAUGUUUGCUCGGAAAUCAACAAAAGAUAUGGUUAGGUCCUGCCACAUACGAUAAUCAUGAGUGUAAAAACAACGCGGAAAUAAAUUCUCUCGAUGCUAACUUUGCUUGUGUUAAAGCAACCAAAGUGGUUGAACUAGAAGAGGAAAUUACAACAAUACUUCUAUUAGCGAACUAUAGAGAAUAA